AUGCUUCUCUCGCAGCGGGCAAUACCUCGAAUGCGCCGCCUUUUGUCUUCAUCCUCGGAUCAGGCGGCGGAGGCAAAUGCGCAACUCGAGUCCCUGCACGAAGUUAGCACAGCGGUAGAUCUGGCUGCUCUAGGCCGUCGUACGGAAGCAGCGUCUCUCUUGGAGCGGGCUGUCGAAAUAUGCUCCGGGUCUAUGGGAGAGGAUUGCGCGCUCACCCGAGCCGCUGUACAUAGGCUGGCGCAAGUUUUGUACGACGACCAGCGAUUCGGGGCGGCGGAAGCGAUCCUCCGAAAGGGAGAAUCUAAUGCUCGGAAACAGUUCCCGACGGAGCUGCUCCUACUGUCCAAGGCUCAGCUGUUCCAGGGGAAGAUACCCGUAGCGGUUGAGACCUCUUCCCGUGCUGUGGAUCUGUGCCAGCAGGACGAAGACAACACACCGGAUACGGACGCCUUGGGGCAGGCCUUGCGGCAGCUAGGAGUGAUCCAAGUGCUCAGUGGAGAGGAAGAUGACGCGGAAACGAGCUUGCUAAGGGCGGCUAGGCUUGGCUCCACUUCCGCCGACCAGGGCAAGGGAUUGGCAGCAGUGGCCGCAUUUAACAUCGCGCGGGGGGACGAGCAGAGCGUCGAGGAAGCGGUUGAACUCCUGAACGAGGCAUGUGCCACGACGUCAGAGUCCGACGAGCAUAAAGAACCCACCGCGACAGCUGAAGCGGAAAGUGAAAAAGAAGGUGGUGAUGGCAAUGAUGCUGCUGCUUCCGCUGCCACCUCCAAGGUGGCACGACUUGCGCAUGCGUCCGUGCUAUCGACCGCGGCGCAGGGGGAGUUGGUUUUAGAGCGGGGUACGGCAACGGCCUCGGAGCGACUAGGAGAGGCGCUUAAGAUCAGAGAACAGCUGCUUCCCAUUGGCCAUCCGGCAACGGCGUGGACGCUCUCCUUGUUGGCGCGGUGUCACGUGGCGGCCGGCGAGGCUGUGACAGCUGAAGGCCUGUUCCGCGCCGCGUUGGAUAGUCUGCAGGGUAUCGCGGAAGAGGUCGACGAUGGUAUCGCCAGACGUCAGCGGUCGGCUGGCACAGUGGCGCUCCCGUUAUUGUUUGCAUCGCCUCUUCACCCGCACACGAAGGCGGCAACUCUACGAGGCUAUUCGGAGCUAUUGUUGCAGUGGGAGAAGCGGGAGGCGGAGGGGGAAGUCGUAGCGCGGCAGGCAGAGAAGGUGGAGUCGUCGUUGCUGCUCAAGCCGCCAGUGGGGCUCACGUUGCAUAUGCUUCACCUUGACGACGUUUAUUAGAAGUGGGCAACUACGCGAACAUGCGUACGGCGUGCAAUUUUCCAAAGGGUUGCUCUGGAGAUUGUGUGAGGUCCGCACGUCUAUUUAGUUAAUAUUGAGGCGCAGAGGCUGCCUGUGACUUUUUUUGGCGAAAUCCUGCAAGCGUAUAGAAUGGCGGCUGUAAGAGAGUUUGCGCGCACCCUCGAAUAUCGCCAAGCGGAGUAUUGUAGGCCAAGCCCGUUUCGGUGAAAGAGCCGGUGACAC